AUGACGACGCCAGCGCUGCAAGCUCGCGUGCAUAAGCUCCUGGGCUCCCGCACUGAGCUGAAGGCCACCACAUCGCUUCUGUGUACACUAGUGAAGGAUGAUGGAACGUCUCUUGUGCAGCUGGAUACGUCCGUGAACCCUGAGACGUCCUCAUUGGCUACGUUACGGCGUACGUUGCGCUCGAGUCUCGAAAUGGAGCAGCUGUCGAUCGCGCAGAAGGCGCUCGAUGGUUAUAAACGCACUUUAGAACACGUUUCAAAUCUGGCCACUCAAGUAAAUGAGCUGGACGCUAAGUGCGCCCGGAUUGUCGACUUUUUAGCAAUGACAAAAAAAGAAACCCAGCAAGUGCAGUCAGAAGCGACGGUAGUUGCAAAAAACAGAGACAAAGUGCACGAGCAAUGGCGCCAUGUUAAAGUAUUCCUGGAUCAGUAUCACUUGACCGAAGACGAAGUUAGCACUUUAUAUGCUGAAGAGCUCACGGAUAACGAUAUGGACACAUUUGUCAGUACAAUGGAGCGAGUACGACAGGUGAAAGCGGACUGCAAGGAGCUGGUGGCAACGGAUAAAAUCCAUUGCGGACUCGAGCUGCUGGAUGCAAUUAGCAAGUACCAAGAUGCUGGUUUCAAGCGGCUGUACCAGUGGACUGUCAACUCCUGUGCUGAUGUAGACGGAGAACCAAGCACUAUGCUGCAUCGAGCCAUAGCUCUGCUCAGAGACCGUGCAGAAUUUUACAACUACUGCAAAGAAAGUUUUGUGACGUCCCGGCGCUCGUUGCUUGUGCGCCGUUUUAUCACGGCGUUAACUGUCGGUGGGCCACAUGGUAUUCCGCGGCCUAUUGAGAUGCACGCACAUGAUCCGGUGCGGUACUGUGGUGACAUGCUAGCGUGGGUUCACCAGUCAAUUGCGACGGAGAAUGAAUUCUUUCGCGUGAUCUUCGAUAAUGAUACGGACUUCAGCCCUUUGGCUGCCACUGAUCUGUCAUUAGCUCACAGCGAAGCUGUGGACGGCGUAAGUCCCGACCAUCAUUUGUCCACGACUGACAAAUCGCAGAAACAUGCCAACUCGGCUGCUGAAGACGGUUGUUCGUCGAUGGUUGGACGGGCGUUUGAUGAUGUGUCAAGGCCACUACAAGUGCGAAUUGAGCAGACACUCGGCUCUCCGCAUGGCAUGAUAGUGGCCUACAAACUUGUCCACCUGCUAGCGUUUUACCAUUACAAGUUUGACCAACUCAUAGCACAUGCUGACGUCGCGCGUGCUCUUCGACACUGUCGAGAAGUCGCCAAUGAAGCGUUUCGUCGUCAGUUCCAGCAGCUUGUGGACGGCGUUGCAGCCUCGCCACAGGAUUAUAGUACCAACCUCGCAGCGUCACACGCUGUACUGGAUGUUUCUCGGCGAUUGGUGGCACUAUUGGAAGUUUUCCAAACCUCGCUGCUACCAGAGCAAGAAAAGGAAGCCGAUUUGGCACCUUUAUUUGACAAGGUAUUGGCAGCAGUUGAGCUCGUGAGUCAGCGCAGCGUGGCAAGUCUGGAUCCAGUCGAGGCGCUUGUGUUCCGGAUCAAUAACUUUAGCUGUUUGCAGGCCCCGCUGGCGCGGUUUCCUGAAGUGAUGAGAUGGUACUUGAAAACAGGCCAGGAUGUGGACGGUUGGCUACGUAAUUUGAGCGAGCUGCAGGCUUCAAGUGUGAUGGAUCGGUGUCGAGGAUCGACGCUUGUUCAGCACAUUCACGAGUUCCAGCAAAGCUGUGGAGCCACAGAGAUGAAGACUGGCAUUCUGCCAGCGGAUGCACCCGGUCUUGACGGAGAGACGAUCUCACGCGUGAUGCGAGACUUCUGCGCUGUACUCAUGACAUUGACAUUCCCGCAGCUGGAAAGCCUGGCUCAACCUGUGCUCUCCGACAAGGCUCAUGCACUUACACGUGCGACGCUUGCCAGCAAGUAUAAGCUUAUUUACGAGUUCGUGCGCGACGCGAAGAACGGAUACGCUGUCAGUGAUGAGCCAACGUCGUCGACGUCACUUUCAGGGUCGUCAGUCAAACGGAGCCAGUGUGUCGUACUGCCCCACACGCCUGAAGAAAUCUGUAAUGUGCUUGAAAUUGAUGAAGGGACGAAGUGA